AUGACCUCACAUUUUGCUUUGCCGCACCCGGGCAAACACCUGAUCACCAUGAAUCGCCUCCCCUCUGUUUCUAGCCUCAUGUCUCCUCCCGAGUCGAAGCCGCUCGAGAGCUUCGAUUCAUCACACUCUCCAUUUGCAAAGCCCCGGGACUCUACCCCCGGUGGUGAUAUCAAGCUUCCACCCAUCUCAGCUGAUCGCAAGCGAACACAGUCAGAGAUGGAUCUUCCGUCGCCACCAGUGACCCCGUACACGGGGAACAAGAAGAGAAGAUCUCAAACUUCCGAACAGAUUGAGAGUGAUACUGUCUCUUCCAGAGAUCCGGUCCUCUUCCCUCGCCAUGAUUCUGUUACUGAUGUUGCCACCGAGGAGCCGCUCUUCGGUCCCAUUCUUCCCCCCAAUGCAGAGGCGCUCGUCGAGCAGCAUAUCACUUCCCACAUGGCGCGAUUUGAGAACAAGCUGAACAAGCCCACGCACGAUGAAUAUCUUCUGGCUCUCUCAUGUGUGCCUAUUGUCUCGUCUGGGUACAAUCGUAACCCAGCGGCAUGGGCACGAGAGGAGCGCGAGAUGCUCGAGCGUCAGAUGGUUUUGAUGAAUCGCUACCACCCGGGACAGUCGGAGGCCAAGUUGAAAAAGAUCGCCCCGGCGCCGGCCAAGAAAGCGGGGACUAUGCAGUCGCGUACCCAGCGUGCCCCCCGAGUCAAGCGGACCCCUAAAUCCACCCCUAAGCAACAGGUCCUCGAUACCUUUGACUCGCCUCCGUCGGCCUCGAAGGCAUCGCGUGCCUUGGGAACAACCCGGGAUGACACAGAUUUUCACGCCAUCCAGGACUUCUCCCCUCCCCUGGAAACUCUAGGGAGCAACGCCAAAGCCCUGAAGGCAGAUUGGAAGGGGCAGAUGCUGGAUUUGAGCAAUGACCCGGACAGACAUCUUCUGAGUUCCGCCGAGCUCAAUCUUGCAUCGAUCCUGAGACUAUCCUGCGCAACGUAUCUCUGCAGCAAGCGCCGUAUCUUUGAAGCUCGAGUCCGUGCCCUUGGAGUUGGCAAAGAGUUCCGUAAAACGGACGCCCAGCAAGCCUGCAAGAUUGAUGUCAACAAAGCCAGCAAGCUCUGGACUGCCUAUGAGCGCGUUGGUUGGUUCAAACCAGAAUUCUUCCAUCAAUAUCUGAGGUGA